UGCGAUUCCCAUUUUUCUUAACGACAAAUUUCGUAUCGUUAGCUAACGGUUCCGACAAGUUUCGUUAAGUGCUAUUCCCAAACACACUUUUAGCGAAUAUUGUCGGUAGGUUUGACAGUUGCCUAACGAAAUUUGUUGAUAGCCUAGCUACGAAUAUUUUGCCGUUGAAAAGCCUAACGAUAAAAUUGGUUUAAGUUUUUAUUGAGAAAAAUUAGGCAAAAUUCAUCGGUAAGCAAACUAUUAUAAUAAAAACUUAUAAAUUCGUUUAUAAAAAAUACAACUUUUUAGAAAACGACAAUGGCGUUCCAGUUUCUUGGAUACGAUGCGGAAAUGGCCCAACAACGACAAGGAGCAAGGAGUUUUGCAGCAGAACGCGCUCUACUAAGAGAAGUGGACAGCCCCUUUGAUUUGGACGAGGGCCAAUUUAAAAGGUUAUACCGGCUGACCCCCAAUCUUGUUUAUGAAAUCAUAGACAAAAUUGGCAGUCGUCUUGAAAGAAAAUAUGUAUCAGCAUUAUCGGCUGAAAAACAGGUAAGAGAUCUCAAACUUCUUGAUCAUCAAACAAAGGCCAUCAAUUUAAAAAGGGAAUUCGUCGAUUUUCAGGUGCUUGCAGCGCUUCGUUUUUAUGCGACCGGCUGCUACCAACGGCCAGUGGGAGAGCAAUGGGGACUCUCAAUGAGUCAGUCUUCCAUUAGUCGUUCAAUUCAUAGGGUAACUGAUGCCAUAAAUGAAACUAUGUUUAUGGAAAACGUACGUUACCCGAUGACGGUAGUUGAACGACAGGUUGCCCGAAGUAUUUUUUCAGCAGCGCGUGAGCCUUUUGAUGGCGCUAUUGGUGCAAUUGAUUGCACGCACAUAGCAGUUAUCGGGCCAAAAGAUCAUGAGGAGGCAUACAUUAACCAUCACGGCUAUCACUCGAUAAACGUUCAAAUGGUGUGUGAUCCGAACCUCAAAAUUUUGAGUGUAAAUGCGAGAUUUCCCGGUGCACGUCAUGAUGCAUAUAUAUGGAAUGCAUCCGCUGUUCGGAGAGCAAUGAAGCGAGCGUAUGAUCGGGGAGACCAUAGCACAUUUUUAAUAGGAGACUCGGGUUACCCAUUAGAGCCAUGGCUGAUGACACCUCUAUCAAACCAGAGAGAAGGUACACCGCAAUUUCGAUACAAUGAGGCUUUAUGUAAAGCAAGGAACUGUGUCGAACGACUAUUUGGAGUUUUGAAGGGAACAUGGCGAUGCCUUUCGAAGCAGCGAGUACUUAUGUACGAGCCAGGCUUCGCUGGCAGGAUUGUAAACUCCUGCGCAGCUCUGCAUAAUAUGCGACUCAACACAGUUGAAAACAACAGCGAUAUACAAAGUGAAGAUCGAAUUGUGGAAGCAGUUUUGGAAGAAGAUUGGGAAGAAUCCAUUCACCCAUCAGCUCUCGCCAAGAGAAUGCAAGAGCGCCUUAUAGCUGCUAAAUUUACUUAAAAAAAAUCAACUAAUAAAUAUUUAUCACAUACAUACAAACAUACAUAUGUGCUUUUUAUUAUUACAUUUUAUUUAUUACACCACUUAGGCAAAGGUUUUGAUAGUUGAUCUUGCUUAAUUGCGGCAUUCUAAAUUCAAUGGAUUCUCCCGUUCUAUCAGAUUGGCUCCAGUUUUCGA